AUGUUUUACUGGUUAUCAAUGACUUCUUCUUCCCUUGCUCGCACUGACGACCAAAGCUUAGAGAUGGCGUUUAAUCUCAGUGCCACCCUCAAUGUGGCCAAACUCCUCUGGGCCCCGUCCCUCUGCAUGCCCCAGAUGACAAUAAAGCUGUUUGGCGAGCUCCCCGUCCCCAUAGCCUCCCACAUCAAGGGGGUAGUCGUCGAUAAAGACAACUGCUUCGCCCGCGAUGGCGACGACAAGGUGUGGCCGGAGUACCAGCAGACGUGGGACAAGCUCCACGCCUACUACCAGGACCGGCUCUUAAUUGUGUCUAACUCCGCGGGAACUAAUGACGAUAAGGGGUAUAAGCAAGCGCUAUCGCUUGAACUGCUGACGGGAGCACCGGUGCUUCGCCAUCUGACCAAGAAGCCGGGGUGCUACGAGGAAAUCAUGGCCUACUACCACAAAUGGGACAUCCAACCUAAUGAAAUUGCCGUUGUUGGAGACCGUCUAUUUACCGAUAUAAUGAUGGCGAACACUAUGGGAGCAUACGGGGUGUGGGUUCGUGAGGGUGUCGAACUCAGCACCAAGAUGUUCCCCUCGAUCGAGCGUAAUCUCUACGAUCGGAUGAAGAAUAAGUAA